UUCCCUCCCGUGUUUCUUCUCACAAUGUUCAAUUCAGCUCUCUCUCAUUUCUCCAAUGGUGGCCGAUCCACCAUUGCCAUCCUCAGUUUCCUCUGGUUUUCUCUCUUAAUCUCCUCCUCCUUCCAAAUCGGUCUCGUUAAAGCCAUCAUUCACGAUCCUCUCUCUAACAACAUUUUCUUACCUUCUGAAAUCGAGAACAAUGAGAGAGAUCAUAACCUCCAAUUGCGUACCUGUACUAGAGUCAAUCCCUUGCUCUACUACAAGCCGGUGAUCGGAAUCCUUUCUCAUCCCGGCGACGGUGCUUCUGGUAGGCUCAGUAAUGCCACCACCGCAUCGUAUAUUCCGGCGUCAUACGUCAAGUUCGUCGAAUCCGCCGGUGCUAGAGUUAUUCCUCUUAUCUAUAACGACCCGACUGAUGUUCUUGAAGAGAAGUUGGGUUUGGUGAAUGGAGUGAUUUUCACAGGAGGGAGGGUUAGAGAUGGAUUAUAUUAUUCAGUGGCUGAGAAAAUUUUCCAGAAAGUUUUGAGUAGGAAUGAGGCUGGGGAUCAUGUCCCUUUAUAUGGCAUUUCCUUGGGUUUUCAGCUCAUUAGCACAAUGGUCGGCAAGAACUUUGACAUUAUCGAGCCAUUUAAUGCCACACGUUUUCCAUCUGCCUUGAAAUUUAACGACUUUGCAAAUAUUAGAGGAACCGUCUUCGAAAGAGUUCCACUUUCUUUACGAAUAAGGGCAACCAAGGAUUGUAUUACAUGGGAAGAUCAUAAAUAUGGCAUUUCACCUGAAACAUUUGAACAAAAUGAGGGGCUAUCUAGUUUUUUCCAAAUAUUGACGACUAGCAUUGAUAAGAACAACAAGGUCUAUGUUUCUACUGCAAAUGCUCGCAAUUAUCCAGUUACCAUCUUUCAAUGGAGUCCUGAGAAAAACUCAUAUGAAUGGGGCAUUUCUACUAUCCCACACACUGAAUAUGCCAUUGAAUUGACACACAAAGUAGCCCAUCACUUGGUCAGUGAGGCCAGGAGAUCAAUAAACAAGCCACCUGUAAAUCAGGUUCUUGAGAAACUAAUCUACAAGUACAGCCCAAUUUAUAAUGGCAAGGCCGGGAAGGGAUAUGAUCAAGUUUACCUUUUUGAAUAGAUGGGUUGCAUCCCCUUUGUUAUAAUUUGGAAUUUCCAUCUAUCUUGAGGAC